GAGGGGAGGAGCGAGUGUGAAGCUCUGUGUGUAUUGAAACUCUCUUUUCUGCCCCUGCAUUCCAACCCUCAUCAAAGCCUGGACGAGAGAAGAGGAAAAAAGCGUAAAUAAUACCAUGGUGAGAUCGGCCCGUUUUGAGGUUCGACCCAUGGAUGCACGUUCUCAGGAAUCGGCAACGAUAGGACUCGGAAGCAGCGAAGAAUCGCACGCCUGUAAUCCACUUUUGAUGUCUUUUAAGCACUAAAGCGAGAGAGGCUUGAUGGGGGCCAAACAGAGACGAUUUCUUUUUCAUUUUUAAAGAGGGACGCAAGAUGGCAGAUGACAGACUCCAAUAGCGAGAACCACUCCGUUUCGCUUUAAAAUCUGAAGAGCUGUCUGUUCAUUUUUGGAGGUGUAAGUAAUCGGAAUAAGACUUCUUCCGAUUUUUUUCCUCGCCUGAAGAGAGAUCGAAGUGAAGGCACUCGGCAGUCCAGUUUUCUCUAGACUUGGUUACAUACCAGUGUAUGUUCUCUCUAUGUUCCUUUGUUAUAAUGAGGGAUGCGCGUAGUCUACACAUAUGUGUAAGAAUUGACCGACUGGUCUAGUUAAGAUCGUUGUUUUCUAUGAAAUUCAAAUAUAUAACGCCACGGGGAUGUGCGAUAUGAAUAUUUUAAUGUAAAGUGUAACGCACGUCUGUACAGAAAUCUAGCAGAACCAUUAUAAUCCUCUUUGGGAAUAAAAUCCAUGUCAGUGUGAUGCUAUGUCAAAACAGCAGCGGACAAAAACAACAACAGCCUUGUGAGAAUAAUAAUUUAUUUUCAACAGCUUUUAUUAGUCUCUCACUCAAAGCUGUUCUCGAAAUACGGCAUAUCAUCGUGUCUUUACCUAUUAAAGAGGAGCUGUCAGGCUGGUCUUCAGCAGACUGGAUUAUUAAUAGUCGUCGUACAUAACUAGUGGGCGCAGCAAUUGGCGACACAAGUAGAAUAUGAACUAGUGUGUUGGCAUUUAAAGUCACAAGACAGAAAAGUCCACUUUAGUGCUGUGGCAACAAAAUUCUCGCCGACGCCUACAGUUGACACGAACCAUUGAAGAAGUGGGUGGUGUAAUGAUGUUGCCUUGAGCUAAAGUGUGCUCAAAGUAUACUUGCCUAGAGUAUUCGCACUCUCAUUGGCACAAAGUUGAGGUUUGUGGGAUAAAACAAGGUCCUUGUGGUUCCCACACCACCCAUUUCAGGUAUUGACAGAGAAAACCCUAUUUUAUGCAGUUUUUACCUUGACUUGUGAGCAUUAAAGAUGGCUGAGAACUGGAAGAACUGUCUGGAAGAAGAGCUCAUAUGCCCUAUUUGUUUGAACGUGUUCUCGGAGCCGGUUCAGCUCCCUUGCAAACACAACUUCUGCCGCAUGUGUAUCAACGAGGCCUGGUCUAAAGAUACAGGAAUGGUUCGCUGUCCCGAAUGCAACCAUGCCUACAGCCAAAAACCAGCUCUGGAGAAGAACCACAAACUGUCCAACAUUGUGGAGAAGUUUAACGCGUUAAACGUUGAGAAGACGCCAGCGGUUUUGCAUUGCAUUCUGUGCCGACGCGGCCCUCCGCUUCAAGCCCAGAAGGUUUGCCUCAGGUGCAAUGCACCCUGCUGCCAUUCCCACGUACAGACCCAUCUCCAACAGCCCUCUUCCAACGCUGGACACUUACUGGUGGAUGCCGAGGACGUGCGGGCCUGGAGCUGUCCACAGCACGACGAGUACAGACUAUAUCAUUGUGAAACCGAGCAUGUGGCCGUCUGCCAGUACUGCUGUUUCUCCAGAUGUGCUACCAACCACGGCCACGCGGUGUGCGAUAUAGAAGUCAGACGUAAUGAUAUCAGACAAAUGCUGAUCAAACAGCAGGAUCGAAUCGAGGACCGGGUUCAGGACAUAGAAGAGCAGCUCUACAAAUUAGAAUCUGACAAAUGUCUCAUGGAAGACAAAGUGCAGCACCUGAAGGAGGAGGUGCAGCUGCAGUAUCAGAAAAUGCAGCAGCUCUUGGAGGAGGAUCUUGGGAAGACCCUGGAGGUCCUGGAUAAGGCCCAUUCCAAGUUCUGCCAGGAGAACUCGGCGCAGGCCCUGCAGCUUCACCAGAAACAGCAAGAGGCUAAGAAACUGCUCAGCUCCAUCCAGAUGGUUUUCGAUAAGGCAGAGGACAUCGGUUUUAUGAAGAACACAAAAUCUGUGAAAAUACUAAUGGACAGGUCUCAGUCGUAUGUGGGCAGCACAUUGUCAUCGUACAAAGUGGGCAGCCUCAACUCCAAACUCUUUCUGUCUGAAAUCUCUAAAAGAGAGAAGAACCUCUGCAAGAUGCUGGAAGCUCCGUUCUGUGCUCCCGCAAACUUUUUCCAGAGUAUUCCGGCGUACCUGUGCGAGAAGCGCAGACACUCCGUGGCGUUCCCCGAAGGCAGCGGCAGCAGCCGAGCUGGCGCUAGCUUCGUGGACUCUUCCUCCUCAUCAGGCCCUGCGGCUACCAAGCAGCCAUGCCUGAGUCUCACUCAGGGCUCUGCCCCAGGCGUAGGUCAGUCCUCCCAGCAAGCUCUAGGGCCGUGUGGCUCCACCCAGCAUGUAGGAAGCAGCAGCUCAGCCUCCGGCUCUCAACCCUUACCGCACUCUGCCUCGGUGUUCCCGCACUCCCAUUACCCAAACGGCAGCUCCUCCCAGCUGCCCCAGUACGGAGCGCGGAAGAUCCUGAUGUGCACAGUCGACAACUGUUACUGCUCAGGGGUACCCUCCGUGUCCAACCACCGCGGACAUCCGCCCUACCCUCGCUCCAGCUCUUUCCCCUGGCCGGUGAGCUCGCAGGAGUACUCCCACGCCCCUCUGCCCUCGGCCCCAGCCAUGUCCCAGUCUCUCCAGAGCCUGUCCAUGCACGACUGGAUCGACGCCUCUCAGUCGCACAGGCACACUGACUUCUACAGCCUCUACGGCCAGUCUUCCACCAAACAUUACGUCACCAGUUAACCCCUGCUCCAGUGACUGCUGCCAGUCAGCAGAUGGGGCGUCCUUUUCCGCUGAGAGAUGUCUUAAAGAGAUGCAUGUGGGGCAUUUUUAUACGCAGACCUUAUCAAUCAUUUAGAAUGAAUUGCUGAAGUCCGAGAGCAG